GCGGCUGAAGCGGUUCCGCUGGCUAGUGUGUGCGCGGCGAGCGUCUCCCAGUGCUGCCCGCUUGGCUCCUGCACUCGCGAUCGCGACCCCGGCCCGGAGUCCAGCUGCGGCCGGGCCGCUCUCUGAACAUGGACUCUGCUGGCCAAGAUAUCAACCUGAAUUCUCCUAAUAAAGGUCUGCUGCCUGACGCCAUGAUGGACGUCCCUGUUGACACAGUGGGGGCCGCCCAGACGCCUGCUGCCGAGGGUCUGACAGAAGCGGAGGAGGAGGAGCUCAGGGCUGAGCUCUCGAAGGUGGAAGAGGAAAUCGUCACUCUGCGCCAGGUGCUGGCUGCCAAGGAGAGGCACUGCGGGGAGCUGAGGCGGAAGCUGGGCCUCUCGGCCCUGGAGGGCCUGAAGCAGAACCUGACCCGCAGCUGGCACGACGUGCAGGGCUCUCCCGCCUACGUGAGGACUUCCGAGACACUCGGGGAGUGGAGCGAGAGAGUGAGCCAGUCGGACCUUUACAAGAAGACCCAGGAGACUCUCUCUCAGGCGGGACAGAAGACUUCAGCUGCCCUGUCCACCGUGGGCUCCGCCAUCAGCAGGAAGCUCGGGGACAUGAGGAAUUCUGCCACCUUCAAGUCACUUGAAGACCGAGUUGGGACCAUAAAGUCGAAGGUGGUGGGCGGCAGAGAGAAUGGCAGUGACGGCCUUCCCUCCCCGGCCGGGAGUGGCGACAAGCCCCUGCCCGGUCACGAGCCCUUCUAAGCCUGAAGCAGCUCUGCCGCCACGGAGCCGGCGCAGCACCCUCUUCACGGCGGCCCCCCUUCCCCGUGCGGUGGAGCGGCAGCGGCUGCAGAGGACGCGUGGAGCAGCUUUGAGGACAGUCGUGCCACCCACAUGCGGACAGGCCUCUGCACCGCAUGUCUGAGGGACGGUCCUGUACACAGAUGCUUCUCACUAAAGUCGUUAGAUGGAGCAGAUAGAUCACUGUGCCAUCCUCCUGGGGGCAGGAAGUGACGGGGCAGAGCCGAGCACUCCCCGUGGCGGCCUUGUUCGUUCUUCAACAGGUGGCGCCAGGGAAGAGGGGCUGGGAUCACACAGCUGCUGGCGUGUAAACCCCGCCUUCCCUGAGCCAGGGUCCAGAAGCCCGUCUGGCCUGCAGGCGCCCUUCGGAAUGCUGAACAAGGAGAUCGUCCGCUUUCUGAAACCCUCCGCCAAGAUGCUGACUGUCAGCUGCCGCCUGAUUGUUACACUAAUGACCCAGCUUUAACUAAAGCAAAUUCUUUAUUUUUUAAAUGCAGAGGGUUUUUCAAAAUUUAAAACUAAGCAAAGCAGCUUUAGCCUUGUAGUUAGAGAACAUUAUCUGGACUCAAGCUGAAAUACAAGCCUUAUAUCACCUUACGCGGUGUUUGUAACGUUUAUACGUGGAGGGAGAGCCCUUUGGCGCGCUCUGCGCAUCACACAGAACACAAUUCCACAUCCGCCUGCCUCUGCCAGCGGCAGCCCCGUCCGCACGCCGCACCCUAGCAUGCGGGGCUCUUGCCCCUCGCUCUUCUCAAGGCCCUGGCAGCUCCCACGGGCUCAGGCUCCUGGGCCCGUGGGGUGGAGGGAGAGUCACGCCCCAGUGCUGCCACACUACCCUCAGGGGGGCCGGGCCUCACCAGGCCCUGCUGCAAGGCACUGUCGGGGGCUCCGCCCACCUGUUUGAUGCACACCUGGGACUCCGGGAAGCACGGGGGCUGGGCAGGGCUGGGCAUGAGGUCUGCUGGACCUGCGCUGUCACCUCUCAGGAGCUGCAAAGAUCUCUCCCCUUUCGAAGCUGCCACACCCCAGCAGCCUCUCACCCAGUGUCCCAGGUGUCAGGUGUGUUUGGAGGGGCAGCUUGUGCCUUACUGGCUCUCUGCGGGCCCAGACCUCACCUGCGUGUGACCUGUGCACGCCAGGGGACUGCUGUCCAUGCUCACAUUCCGUUCCUCCUUCAGUUAGACUCCCAACGAGGUGUGGCAGGAGGCGGGGCUCCUGGCUGACUGGUCUUCUCCGUGAACAGCGGGCUCUCUGUCAAUAAAGCAUUCCUUCGGGGGAACGUGCCCUUCA